AUGAUUAACUCUGUUCACAAGAUAGAAUCCUCUUUUUCGGAAGCCAGUUAUGGUGCUUCGAAGAAUAGAACUUUCAAAAGACCAUCUAUCACAGUCUCGCAAAGGAGAUUGCAUGGGCUAACUGAGCAUUAUGAUAUCGAAAAUACAAAUAUUCCCGGAUUAAACGAACUAAGGCCAGGAUAUUUUGAUCCGAUAUAUUUGAAGAAAUCACAAUCAAAGAGGAAUAGAAGGAGAAUUGAUGAUGAUCUAGAUGGCAAGAGUGAGAAGCUACAUGGUAUGACGGUUAACAGGAAAACACAAUCUUCUACCUUGACCCAGAGGGCAAUCAGUAUGUCCAACAAGACCAUAAAGGAUCUUCUAAACAUUUUCUCGUUAAAUUCAAGAAAAUCCAGUGAAUCAUUUAUUGGUGUGUUGAGAAUCUUUAUUGGUUAUUUGAUAUCAAUUAUUCUUUGUAUAAAUUCAACUUCAGGUCGAUGGUUAGGUCCUCAGCGAACUAUAGUUCCGUUGAUUGUAACAAUUUUCCAUCCAUCGCAUUCGGUUGGAACCCAAAUAGAAAUGUCAAUAUUGGCAGAACUUGGAGUUAUAUGUGGUGGAGCAGUGUCAGUCUUAGCCAUUUUUCUAUCCCUGUUGAGUUUGCCUUCAAGAACUCAUUACGGUGGAAUAUUUGCAGUGUUCUUAUUUUUGUGCAUAUUUCUAUUACAAUUAUUGAGAUUGGAAUUCAAUAGAUCCUAUUAUUUCUGCAUAACAACAGGAAUUAUCUUGAUAUAUUGUUUGACCAGUUUCCCUGGGAUGACCACUUUCAUUAACGAUAUUGGUUAUUUACAGUUUUUCAAGAAUUCCAUUAUCCCAAGUUCGAUGGGAAUAUGUCUAACCUUGCUCAUAAAUUUGAUGGUUUGCCCCAGAUUUGACCACAAGAGACUUAUCUUUAGCUAUAUUAAAACCUUGAGUGAUAUCAAAGGCUCAAUUUUGGAGACGGUGGGGUCAAAUGUUGACAAGCAACAGACUCUUUCAAAAAACAUUGACUGGAGCUUGAUAACACUAUCUGAAAAUUUGAGGGAAUAUUCAAAUGAAUUAUUGAAAAUUACGUUGUUUGAAAGCAGAGAUUUGGAACAAAUUAGAAAUUGUAUUAAUCUUAUUGUUAGCCCAUUGAAAUCGAUUCCAUAUCCUAUCUCAUUGCUUACUCCUGACUGCGAUUUAAAGGAUCAUAUACAUUCAAACCUUUAUACUAAAAUUAUAAGUUCUGAUCUCCAAGAAAACUACAAGAUACGCCUGCUAUUGGAUUUGAGAAGUACCCUGGAGAACCAAUAUGAUGGGGAUGACAGUCUCUCACAUGCCAGGCCCGACACAACAACUGGGCCACCCCUGAAUUCCAAUCUUAGCAGAGAAUAUUACUUAAGGAUAUUUGAAAAUCAAUUUAAAAAUCCUGCAUUGGAAUUGCUAAUUUCAAUAGUUGCUUGCAUUGAGUUGUCACAAAUUUGUUUAAUUAAAUAUGCCAGGAUCAAUAUUACUCCGGGUGAAUUGGUCUGUGAUUAUGGCUUUAAUUAUGAUAUGACAAAUGCAUUUUUCUCUGAUAUUUUGCAGCGAAACCAAGAUAUACAAAAAGAAGACGCUGGGACAUUAUUACUACUUCGAUUCGAAAAUACUAUAAAUUAUUUGAAGAGAAAUUUACAAAAUUUGGACAUAACUUAUAAAAAAUACACAAAUACUCACAAAUUUUGUGAUGAUCUAUUAGUGGAAAGGGAAAUUACAAGGUGCUUUUUAUUCUUGAGAUAUCAUCGACAAAUUUCUAAGCUAGUGAUUUUUCUAUCCCAUAUUAUUUUGAAAAUUUGUCUGAAGGAGAGCUGUCUUACCAAUGGACCAAUGUCGCGGAACUUCUUCCCAUGGAGCAAUUGGAAAUUCAAUUGGAUAGAUUAUCCUAUGAAGAAGGCAUUACUCAGACUUCCAAAACAAUGUCUCAGGGAUCGUGGGAAAUUAACUGUUUUCAGUUAUUUUCAGGUGAGCAAUGAAGUUGAUCAAUCAUUUGAAAAAAUUUAUAACAUGAACACUUCAAGAACUUUUUCAAAUAUGAACUCUAGAAAGUCGGCCAGCGAGGGGGAUAUUAUUAGGGCAAUUAGUCACACAGAUUAUAACAAACAAUUAUUUCUUGAAGAUUCUGAUAAGCUGAAAAUCAAACAUCAAAUAUGGCGAUUGGCGAAAAAGAUUACCAGUGGAACAAACUCGAAGAACUCUUUUAAGAAUGCGUUCCUAAUUAUUAUGACUUCCUUGCCAAUAUUGAUAACAGGCUUUGACGAAGAGUCUCAUUAUCCUUGGUAUGUUAAUUAUCAUUGUUAUUGGUGCCCUGUACUUACGUGGGUUUUAUAUAGUAGCACAAGUGUCUUUAGCAUCAAGAAAAUGGCGAAAAGAUGUUGCGCUGUCAUUAUUGCUGGAUUAUGGGCUCUCUGUUGUUGUGAGAGUGUUUUCAAAAAUUCUUUCAAAGGUGGAAAACACAUUUGCUUAAUAUUUUCAGCGUUAAUAGCAUUCCCUUCAAUGCUUAAAUUUCAUGUCUAUCCUACAGAAUCUAGAAUCGGGCUAGUUUCUCUAAGUGUCUUUUCCCUUAUUCUUCUAGAUACAUAUGACGACUCUGAGAGCAGCAAUUUGACUGCAGGUAAUAUUUGGAAUAUUUGUUGGAGUAUAAGUGCCCUGGCACUAGUGGCAGUUAUUUCAACCAUUAUGAUUAACAUAUUGAUUUGGCCAUUUAUUGCUAGAAAUCAAGUGACCAAAUCGUUUGGAAAACUUUUGUUGAAUUUGUCACAAUGCUAUCAGAUUGUUAAUGAUAGAUAUGUGUAUCGAGAUGCUGAUGACCCACCAACAGAGUUGACCCUAACUUUGUCUACUAUCCGUGAAACUCGGGUGUUAGAACAUUUAUACGCGGUGAGGAAUUUGAUUAAAAGCAGUAUCAGCGAAGCCAACAUCAUCAAUAUAUCUGUUAAUAUCAACCACUAUUAUAACCGAAACUCUGAAUUUUAUUUCAAAACUGUCGAGAAAAUAUUGGAAUCCUGUUAUGUGAUUUUGAAUAAGAUUAUUGAAGCCCGUAUCAAUGCGGUCCAAUUCACCAGCUGGAUCAAAGACAAUGAUAUUCUAAUGUCCAAAAAGUUAUUGCCCUUAAGAAGAGAUUCUGCGGUCAGCAUUAUAUUCAAUUUCUACUUGGUUGCCAAUUGUUUUCAAUCGGAAAAUAGGAUUCCAAAUUAUUUACCCAGCAUGUUGAGUUUAAGAAAGCGACUUUAUGAUGAAAUGUCAAUUAUCAAGAACUCAAUGAGUAACUUGAAUAUCGAAAAAACUAAUAAGAUAACAGAGGAUGUUCACUGGACCGAGAUUCAUGCGAUUGCAUUUUCCAAGUCAAUUACCGAUAUUGUGGAAGAAUUGGACAAAAUUAUAGAUUAUUCAAAAAUUAUUUUAGGAGAACAGACUUAG